UCUUAGUUACGAGAGUUCUUACAUAUAAAAAAUAAAAAUGUUUUUCAAAACUUUGAUCUUUGCCGCGCUAUUAGCCUGCAUUAACUGUAGAUAUAUUCUAAUUGACGAAGAUUAUUUGCCUGAAUUAUUAGAGCACUCAAGAGUAAGGAGACAAGUGCAGGUGGGAGCUGGUCUUGAUAAUAAGGGGAACUGGGACUUGGCAGGCAAAGUGCCUCUUGCGAAGUCUGAUACUAACAUUCUCAGUGCGACUGGUAUGGCUACGAUGGACCCUAGCAAUAAGCUGACCUCGUAUGGAGCUGGUGUGGCUUUGGAUAAUAUAAAUGGCCACGGACUCAGCCUGUCUGGCAGACAGAUCCCAGACUUCGGAAAGCAGUUGACAGCUGCGGCCAAGUUAAAUGUUGUCAACACACCUAACCACAAUUUGGACGCGAAUGCAUUUGUCACAAAGAACAUGCCAAGUAUACCGAAUGUACCCAACUUCAACACGUAUGGUGCAGGCGUCGAUUACAUGUACAAGAACAAACUUGGAGCUUCACUAGGCGCAGCACGCACUGAUUUCCUUCAAAAAACUGAUGUAUCUGCUAUGGGAAAACUAAAUCUCUUCAAGACCCCUAGCUCGUCAUUUGAUUUCGGCGCUGGUGCAACGCGAUCCUUUUCUCCGUUCAUACCAAAAAGCAGCUGGGAACCGGCGUUUAACUUUAACUUUAUGAAAUCAUUUUAAAUAGUAUAAACUGUGUUAAAUUCAGAUAGGAAUAGAGAAAAAAAUGACAAAUAUGAAGAAUUGAUGUUUUUGGUUGUAUUCAUAGUAUAUAUGUAAUUGUAUUGUACAGUGUAGUAGAAGGCAGACGUUUGAUACGCAGAUUUUAGGCUGCUUACUACAAAACUACUAAACGUACACGGGCAAACUAUUUUAUAUAACAAAAAAGUCUUGCCAAGUCGCGUGUCUUUACGAAUAGUAGGUCAAUAUUAGGUAGUAGGACACUGUCAAUUUAGUAAUGAUAUAUAUAUAUACUACUAGAUAUAUACUAGUUGAAUAAUAUUGUUUCGAAAUAACACAUUUUAUCCUUAGGGUUUAGGGUAUUGUCGUUAUGUAAACUAGAAUAUAAUAUUUAUGUUCAAGUCCAAGCUAAGUAGGGUAUAAAUAUAUAUCUCCUUAAUUUUGUUCAAGCAGUGUUGGCCUAGUGGCUUCAGCGUGCGACUCUCAUCCCUGAGGUCGUAGAUUC